GCUCGAUCUUGCAACUUGCAUCACACAACUCUACAUACACCAUUAUGUCCGCCGAACUUGAGGAGAAGCUCGAAUCCAUGGAGAUUCAGGACGAUGAACUCGUUUUUGAUCUUAGCAUGAAGAAAAAGAAGAAGAAGUCAAAGAAGACCGAGGAAGAGCCCGUCGAGGAGGCCGCUGCCGAGCCUCAGGAGAUCGCACCAGCUGCUGAUGCCGCCGAGGAGGAUCCUAUGGCCAUGUUUGGCGAGAAGAAAAAGAAGAAGAAGAAGGUCAAGACUGAGGAGGAAGUCGCCGCCGAAGGUGGAGAGGAAGGUGCUGCUGCUGAUGCUGGCGAGUCGUUUGAUUUCGGCGAUAUGAAGAAGAAGAAGAAAAAGUCCAAGAAGGUCGACUUUUCAGCAUUCGAGGAUGGUCAGGACCAGGAGGGCGAUGAUGACGCCCGUGAUCCUGACGACAUCUUUGCUGCAGAUGAUGAGGAGGGUGGCGCACGUACAAGCGCCAAGGUUGGAGCUGACACUGAGGAGGGCUGGAUCGGUACCAACCGUGACUACACAUACACGGAGCUCUUGUCCCGCGUGUUCAAGAUCCUUCGUCAGAACAACCCUGAGUUGGCUGGUGAGAAGAAGCGCUACACGAUUGUUCCUCCCUCCGUCAUGCGUGAUGGUAACAAGAAGACGGUCUUUGCCAACGUCGCCGAUAUCUGCAAGAGGAUGCAUCGUCAGCCCGAGCACGUUAUCCAGUUCUUGUUUGCGGAAUUGGGUACUUCUGGAUCGAUCGACGGUUCGCAGCGUCUUGUGAUCAAGGGUCGUUUCCAACAAAAGCAGAUUGAGGCUGUUCUGCGUCGCUAUAUUGUCGAAUAUGUUACCUGCAAGACCUGCAAAUCGCCCGAUACCAUCUUGACCAAGGAGAACCGUCUGUUCUUCUUGCAAUGUGAAGCCUGUGGAUCGACGAGAUCCGUCUCGGCCAUCAAGUCUGGUUUCCAGGCGCAGACUGGCAAGCGCGCUGCCCAGCGUGUCAAGGCUGCUGCUUAAAUGUUUUUCGAGAUCAUGGUAUUAAGAAGGAUGGCGGCAAGGAUGUUGGGUUCAAUAAAUGUUUUGUUUAUUUUCGCAAAG